AUGGGAAUUACUAAACAGUAUUUAAGAUAUAUUUCUGGAGGUAAUUUAAAUUUAAUUGCAGAUUCUAAUUGCAAUAUAAUAUUUAUAACAUUAGAAAGUCAAGAAGGAAGAUUUGUAGCAGUUGGUGCUUGUGAACAUGUAUACAUUUGGGAUCUUCGCCUCGGAGAAAAAGUACAAGUUUUAUCAGGAGAUAAUGUAAAUACAACAUGUUUAGCAGCCUCACCUAAUAAACAACAAAUUGCAGUUGGAUACGCAAAUGGAUCAAUUAAGACGUUUAAUUUGGAGACAGCAGAAAAUAUAAGUACGUUUGUUGGUCAUAAUUCAGAAGUAACAUGCUUAGCAUAUGAUUAUCUCGGCCAUCGUUUGGUGUCAGGAUCUAAGGAUACUGAUAUUAUUUUAUGGGAUAUAGUUGCUGAAUCUGGAAUAUGUAGAUUAAUUGGACACAAAGGUAUUAUUACUAAAGUUUCUUUCAUGAAAGAUCAUAAUAUUAUUAUCAGUUCUAGUAAAGAUACUUUUGUAAAAUUUUGGGAUCUUAAUACUGAGCAUAAUUUUAAAACACUUAUUGAUCAUCGUUCGGAAGUUUGGGAUUUUACAUUGGUAAAAAAUGAUCAAUAUUUAGUGACAGGCUGUAAUGAUCGUGAAUUACAUGUCUGGGAAAUUUAUUUUACUAAUACUUCCAAAUCAGAUAUUAAUGUAAAAUCAAUUGAUUUAAAAAAUGAAGAUGACGGUGAUAGUGAUGUGAAAUAUCCUUUACGUUGUACAAAAAUUGGUAAUAUUGUAAGAGUUGGUAAGGGACGAUUAAAUAAAUUAACCGCAGAUUUUACUGGACAAGUUAUCGGUUGUUAUGGUAAUGACAAUACAGUAGAAUUAUUUCAUUUUUUAUCUGAAGAUCAAGUGAAAAAUAAAAAGUCAAAACGUAUAAAUAAAUUGAAAAAAAAUGCAGCUAGUAAUGAGAAAACAAUAGAAAAAUUAUAUGAAUCAGAAUUAGAUACAAUUUUAAAAGAUAAAAUUAAUCGACUUCCAGUCAUAAAAAUUUCAAACAAAGUCAAAGCAUUAGAUAUUAUUAUGGGACAAGGAGAUGAGUUCAGAGUAUGUACUGUUGUCAAUAACAAUACCAUUGAACUUCAUUCUGUAUUAAUUACAGAAAAAUGUAGCGAAACACAGUGCUUACGAAUACUCAGUUCUCAUGGACAUCGUACUGAUGUUCGGGCGAUUGCUUUUAGUUCAGAUAGCUUAGCAUUUGCAACGGUUAGUGGGGAUUCAGUAAAACUUUGGAACAGAUCUACUUUAUCAUGUUUAAGAACAGUAGAAACUGGGUAUGCACUAAGUGUUAUUUUUGUACCAGGUGAUAGACAUUUAAUAGUAGGUUUAAAAAAUGGAAAUAUGUUAAUUAUUGACAUUGCAUCAGGGGAUAUUUUAGAAGAAAUAUCUGCUCAUGAAAAUGAAUUAUGGAGCUUAGCACUAUUACCUUCUUCAAAAGGCUUUGUCAGCGGCAGUGGUGAUAAAACUGUAAAGUUUUGGCAAUUUGAACUAAUUAUAGACCCAGAAAGUGAUAGUAAGGCAAAAGUUCUUUCUGUUAUUCACUAUAAGACAUUAAAAUUAGAAGAAAGUGUACUUUGUGUAAGAAUUAGUCCUAAUAAUAGAUUUAUAGCUACAGCAUUACUGGAUUCAACUGUAAAAAUUUUUUUUCUCGAUACAUUUAAAUUUUUUGUAUCUUUGUAUGGUCAUAAAUUACCAGUGUUAUGCAUAGAUAUUUCUUCUGAUUCUACAUUAAUUGCAACCGGAUCCGCUGAUCGAAAUAUUAAAAUUUGGGGUUUGGACUUUGGUGAUUGUCAUAAAUCAUUAUUUGCACACGAUGAUUCAGUAACAGGAAUUGCUUUUGUACCAAAAACCCAUUAUCUGUUCACUUGUGGUAAAGACGGUAAAGUUAAAGAAUGGGAUGCAGAUAGUUUUCAAAAGAUUGUUACAUUACAAGGUCAUGUUGAUCAAGCAUUUAAUUGCACUGUAUCACCUAAUGGUAUGCACGUUGUUUCUUGUGGCUCAGAUAAAGUUGUACGCAUUUAUAACAGAAGUUCAGAAAUUUUGGUUCUUGAAGAUGAAGCGGAAGAAGAAAGAGAAAAACAAAUGAGUGAACUAAUAACAGGUGAACGAACAUCAGUUCAAGGACGAAAAAAUCAAAUUUUACCUACACGAAAAACAGUGAAUAGUGAAAAAGCAGCUGAGCUAAUUCUUGAAUGUUUGGAUAUAUGUAAAAAGUAUAAAGAAGAUUGUUUGAAUGUCACUUCUCCAAAUACUAUUCCACCCUUACCUCUUUUAAUGCAAUCGUAUAAAUGCAAUACUAUCGAAGAGUUUUUACUAGAGACUAUAAAACGAGUUCAUGCAAGUGAUUUUGAUGAAGCCGUAAUGUUACUUCCAUAUUCUGCUGCUUGUGAAAUUCUACAAAUGUUACCUAAAUUAUUAAAGAAACAAUAUCAAGCAGAAUUAAUAGCAAAAUUGACUUUAAGUUUAAUUCAAGCUCAUCAUGGGCCAAUUGUUACAAGUCAAGAAUUAUUACCUCAAAUUGAAGAAAUUAAAUCACUUGCAUUAGAACAAAUAUCUGCAUUAAGGAACACAUUAGGUUUUAAUCUUUUUGGAAUGACUUAUAUUCAACGUGAAAUUGAAGAAACAGAAGGAGUACAGUUAUUUAAAGAAGCUACCAAAAGUCAAAAAAACAGAAAUAGUAAACGGAAAAACAAAGAAAAAUCUCUUAAAAGAGCAGUUAUGAUUUUAUAA